AUGAUCGAUUUCUAUGCCCGGAACAAGGACACUGACACGAAAGAGCUUGGCCAAGCGCUUAUGGAAGACUUCGCUUUUCUUUUCGAGGACAUGGACAACAUCGACACAAUGCAAGUGUUCCGGUCCCCAUUCAUGUUACAACUCUUCGCUACUGCUCACCUUCAUAGCAUCAUUGGGCAUGCUGAAGUCACUGCGCUCAAAACAGAUGUAUUGGCUUCCAUUGGCGUGGCUAGCGUUCUCGGCAUUUGUGCAGCUUCAGUAAGUACUGUAGACAUAUGA